AUGCUGGCCAACAACGUCACCAUGAGCCUGGACAGCUGCCCGCCAGGUUCCCGCGUUUACGUCAUGACCCGCGACCUCGUCAUCACCACCAUGCCGGGCGUCGAGACUGCAUGGUUUGACUGUUCCUUCCUUCCGGCGCGCGCGAUGCUCAACCGGACCCUCACGUUCAGGGGCGUCGGGGUCGUCAAUUGCCACACGGACGCGGUCUUGGGCUACGUCGAGCUAUACAGCGGUGGCCACCUCAUUUUUGACAGCGCCGACAUUGCUGCCGCAACCGGCGCGGCUGGCACCGCCAACGGCACGAUAUGCGCCUGGGAGGCAGUCCUGAUGCGCGACGUGGCGCUGAUGGAGCCCGACGUGCAGAAGGCGGAAGGCGCGGGCGACGCGCCGGUCACGAUCACUUACAAGGACUCGGUCCUGCUCUGCUCAGAUCCCAAAAUGCUGAUGUCCGGCUGCCGCGGCGACGACAAGACGUGCGCCGCGCAGGCGUUUGCACUGAUCAACCCCGACCGCCCCUACUACGAGGGGCUUGCGGCUGAGGCGGCGGCGCGGCACGAGAGGCAGCUUGCGGCGAUCCUGGGAUCAGUGCUCGGCUUCUUGGGACUGGUGGCCCUCGUCCUGGCACUCCUCCUAAUCGCCCGCCACCGCCGCCGCGCCGCGUGGCGCCGCCUGGCGGUGGGCGCCGGCAAGGGUGAUGUGGAGGAGCAGGCCGGGAAGGCCGCCGCGGGCGCUGCUGGCGGCGGCGGCGGGGGCGGCGGCCUCGCGGGAGCUCCCAGCGGAACGUUGACCCCCCAGGGCAGCGGCGCGAGCGCCGGCAGCGCGCGUGCUCUUGUCGGCCGCAGCGCCAGCUCGACGCGCCCGCUGCUGCGGCCGGACGGCAUACAGCUCGGCCUGCUGCUGGGGGCGGGCGCGACUGGACGCGUCUAUGCGGGGCGCUGGAAAGGCGGCAUGGUGGCCGUCAAGGUGUUGACCCACAGCAGCCUUGACGAGCCCAUGAUUGACCGCGAGCUGCGGCUCAGCAUGACCUUUGACCACCCGAAUGUGACAUCAGCGCUGCACUACACCAAGACUAAGCUGGCCCACCCAGCAGGACCGGCGCCGAAUUGGGUGAGCCUCAUGGAACCAGCGAUGGCGGCUGUCACAGCCGCCGGCGCCGCCAGCGCGCCCGUCGGCGACGCGAGCGGCGGCCUCGCACCGCCAUUAUCCGGGCAAGGCGGCGCCGCCGCCGGCGACGGGGCCGCCGGCGCCGCGGCGCGCGGCGGGGGCGCGGUGGCGGUUUUUGCCGACCUGGACCUGCCGCACGACCUCAGUGUCGCGGAGGCGCGGCGGGUCGACACUGAGACGUGGAUCAUAAUGGAGCUGAUGGACCAAGGGACCCUCGCAGGCGCAGUGCAUGCCGGCCGCCUCUUGAGGCCGGUCCCCCACGGCGCCGACCCUGCUGCGCCGCGCCAGAUCGAAUGGCGCGCGGUGCUGCUGCGUGCCCGCGACGCGGCGGCAGGCCUGGCCUACCUCCACAAGCGCGGGGUGGUGCAUGCAGAUGUGAAGGCAGACAACAUCCUGCUGAAGACUGACCCUGACGACCCAUUCAUGCUCAGGGGGAAGGUCGCCGAUUUCGGUCUCAGCCGGUGGGUACGCCUCGCCUGA